UUUAAACAAGGCUAUCAUAUCACCCCUUAACCUUCUCCAGAGGGAUCAUGUUCCUAGGAUGUCCCCCCAUUGCGCAGUGUCUUCUAAUCCUCUCCACUUGCAGGACUUCAUAACAUUUUAUCUGAACAUCUUGCAGAAGGCCAGAGGUGUGAGCUAUGUCAGAGAUGUUAGCAAUGUGAGUGAUGGUUCCCAGCCAAAGAAUGCAGAUCCCUGUCCUCCUCCUGAGAAGUCUUCUCUUUCUCUCUGGUUUGGAACCAUAUCUGGUGAUGAAGGAUCCCGUCCAUCAAGUGACUAGAAUUGCUGGACAAGGAGCCUCUUUCCCAGUGAAUGUGACAUCUGGAAAAACCGUGUGGGAAAUCGUCUACGACAUGUAUCCGGAUUCGGGUGGGGCGUACCAACUGGCUAACUUCAGAGAUGGGUUCCUGAAUACCUCUAACCCAAUGGACGCAGAGAGGCUGGAAAUGGCGGACCCGACCACACUCCGGAUCAAGGCCCUGCAUGAGAACGAGACGGGGGCUUUGAAAGUUGAAGUGAGGUACUCAACCUCUGAAAUUGAACUUUUCCUGUUCAAAAUUGUGGUUUCUGGUCCUCAAAAUGCCGACUCGACUGAGGUGCCCAAAAGCAACCCUCCCCAAGAGGAGUGGAAGCUGGCAUUGUGGGCAUUGGCAUCAGUUCUUUUCAUCAUUCUUGCCUUCUUCCUGUGCAAAGCUUGUAAUCGAAGGAAAAGCACCCAAAGGCAGGAAGACACAGAGGAAGGGAACCACCUUGAGCGCCUUCCUGCAGGAACACAUCCCGAGAGAAAUGGGUACAGCUCCCCGGAAAGGGAUUUGCAGACUCCCAUGGAGGACCAGGUUGGUGGGAAUGAAGGCCAUCCCUUCCUACACCCUUUCAGCAGCAAUAAGGAGGAACAGGAGCAGCCGCAUUGGUCCUCGGAGGACAUGAAGGUGGCCAUGGAUGGUACUGAGAGAAGCCAUGGCUUUGUGGAGGGAGGCUCCCUGCCGAGAGGAACAGAAGCGAGGGUUCGCAGACGGGACAAGAGGUCUCAAAGCAUGUGCUGCCUCCCCGGGGCAGAAAUCCGUGACGUAAAAGAGAAGUUGACAACAUGCGUCAAGCGCGCUGACCGUCGCUCCUUCCAUUCGGAGCACAUGGGGACCAAUGGCACUACAAGGCCCAGCCUUCAGGAUUUCACAAGUGAUGAUGAAGGUGAUGAUGAUGAUGAGGCUCUGGGUAGGAAGCUGAAGGACCAGGAUGCUGGGACGCUCACUCCGCUUCUCUUCCCUCUUGAAGGAAAGGAGGCAAGAAGCAUGGAGGCCAACGGUCCCAGGAACUGAUUUGGCCAUGAGCCACCGUAUGGCCCUUGGGGUUUCUUCUACCUCUAGGAUUCGGUAGUGUUUACACAAAAUGAGCCAGUAUUUCAGCCAUUCACUCACAGCAGUGUUGUGAGUUCGAAUCCAGCUAGAGACUCCAGGGUCCAUGCAGCCAAAACGAGUCCCCAGCUUUUGUCGGGGAUGACUUGUUUACUCAUUGCAGUUUGCACUAUUUAGAGACCGCUUUUGCAAUAUGAAGCAGUUUAGCUACUGCUAUUUUCCUGUGCCUUAUCCCAAAUAGCCUGUGGGGGGGAUAAAGCUGCUUGGGUGUUUUUAUGGGGUUUUUAAAGGGUCCCCCCCUUUUCCUAUAGGUCUAGUUGCUUAUUUAUAUUGCUAGGGUUUGGUUCCAGGGCUCCCCAUCGUUUAGGAAGCACUUUCUGCCUGUUACUAAUUUGUGUAUUUAAUUUGUAUACUAAUUUGUGUGUUUAAUAAAUAAAAUUCAU